GCGCAGGAGUGUGUGUGUGUGUGUGUGUGUGUGUGUGUGUGUGUGUACGCGCACGCGGGGCGGCUCCACUUUCAAACACAGCGCCCAUCUUUAACACAACACAACAUAACCGGACAGACCCCGUCCCGUAGCGAGAUACCGCAGUUCAUGCGUGACGUGUAAUGAGGAAAGACAACGAAGAGAGAAAGGACACGCAAGAUGAUCGAAGCAAUGGAUACCCAGCGUUGUCUGCAGGCCGUGGAGAGGUUACAGUCUCGCUUGAAAGAAAAGGGAGCAGAUGUUCCUGCCGAGGAGAAGCUGAAUCUUCUGAAGGCGGUCCUGCAGAGUCCUCUGUUUCACCAGAUCCUCGCGCUGCAGAAAUCAGUGCAGCAUCUGAAGGAGCAUACUCCAUAUAUUAACCCUGAUCUGAAGGGCAGCGAUGAAGGAUUCUCAGCUCAGCUCAAUGGACAACCUUCAUCUGAAGAGUACAAACACAUCAUCCGCUCCAUGGCUCAGGGUCGGUACGUGACUCAAAUCGAGCUGCUGAAGCCGGUAUCAGGUGGUUUGGGCUUCAGUGUUGUUGGCUUGUGUAGUGAGAACCGUGGAGAACUCGGCAUCUUCAUCCAGGAGAUUCAGGCUGGAAGUGUGGCAUACAGCGAUGGAAAACUAAAGGAGGGAGAUCAGAUACUGGCGAUUAAUGGUCAGCCGUUGGAUCAGAGCGUCAGUCACCAGCAGGCCAUCGUUCUCCUGCAGCGAGCGUCGGACUGCGUGAGCCUCACUGUCGCCCGUGGGCCUGUCCCGCAGCUCUCCAGCCCCGUGGUGUCCAGGACUCCCAGUGCUGCCAGCACACUUUCAGCUCACUCCAGUGCGACCCACUGGACUCAUGUGGAGACGAUCGAGCUGGUGAACGAUGGAACCGGUUUGGGCUUCGGGAUUGUUGGCGGUAAAACCACCGGCGUUAUUGUCAAAACCAUCCUACCAGGAGGCAUCGCUGACCAGGACGGUCGCUUGCGAAGUGGGGAUCAUGUCCUGCGGAUCGGUGAUACGGAUCUGUUUGGUCUGAGCAGUGAGCAGGUUGCUCAAGUUUUGAAACAAUGCGGAAACAGAGUCCGACUCCUCAUCAGCCGCGGGACAGCGGAUGAUGCUCCUCCCACUCCUGUCACCCUGCCAACCGUCACUGAGCAACAGGGUUUUGAGGAAGAGGAGCAGGGCUCUUUCGAUGUGAGCUUGACGAAGAACGCUCAGGGUUUAGGCAUCACCAUCGCGGGGUAUGUGGGUGACAAAACCUCAGAACCCUCUGGGAUAUUCGUGAAGAGCAUUUCGAGGGACAGCGCGGUGGAGCAAGACGGCCGAAUUCAUGUUGGGGAUCAGAUCAUAGCUGUGGACGGUGUGAACAUCCAGGGUUACACUAACCAGCAGGCCGUGGAGGUCCUGAGACACACGGGUGAGACGGUAAACCUAAUGCUCGUCCGACGUGGCUUUAACCUGGAGGACGUGUGCCCGUCAAUCAUACCUGUCGCCGUGGAGACCACACCCACCCUCAGCGCAUCACCAAACUCAACAAUGGAGCGAACGAACACCGAGCACGAUGAGAGAGUGUUUCUCACUCCAGAGGAAAAUGCCAAACCGCAGUCUGUCACCGUUUCACCCGUCAGAGCUCCAGACAGACGCGCCGGUCCUGUAGAGGAGCACACACUAAUGCAGAAGUGGCAGAAUGAGCUCGGCGUCUGCACUGAGGUCAUUGUGGCUCGAGUGCAGAAGUUCAGUGAGAACAGUGGUUUAGGGAUCAGUCUGGACGUGUGUGCCGACCGUCACAUCCUCCGCUCAGUGCUUCCUGACGGCCCCGUCGGGCGAUCCGGAAAAAUCUGUAGUGGAGACGAACUGCUAGAGGUGAACGGCAUUCCCCUCAGAGGAGAGACUCAUAAAGAGGUUGUUGACAUUCUGAAAGAACUUCCUGUUUCUGUGACCAUGGUCUGCUGUAGACCCGCCCCUCUAAUGACUGACAGCCAAACUGACCGACCGUGUCCAGAGGAUAUGGCCACUGAUUCCAUCCUUCAGGUGCCGGGUGAGUUUGAGGAUUUCCUGAUCUCUGGCGAAUCAGAAGACAGCAUGAAAGAUCAUGUGACUGAAGAGCCCACCGGAACAGCGUUAGCGAUGUGGGAAACGGAGAUUCAGGACAUCGAACUAGAGAAAGGAGAGAGCGGACUGGGCUUCAGCAUUCUGGAUUAUCAGGACCCAAUGGACCCACUCAAAACGGUGAUUGUGAUUAGGUCGUUAGUUCCCGAUGGUGUAGCGGAGCGAGACGGACGCUUGUUGCCAGGAGACCGUCUCAUGUAUGUCAACAACAUCAACCUGGAGAGUGCCAGUUUGGAAGAAGCAGUGCAAGCUCUGAAGGGAGCAAACAUGGGCGCCGUAAGCAUCGGGGUGGCCAAACCACUGCCCACUGAGGAUGAGGAUGGCUCCUCCUCCUUCAUCUUCUCGGCUCUGCUGCUGACGGAGGGCUGUGAUGGUGAUGAGGAGGAUGAAGCUGUGUUCCGCGCUGAACCUGCCGUGAUCGACUCUAGUGAUUUAGACCUGUCUGAUGAAAAGGCAUUUGAUCGUCAUUUUCUGGAGGAGGAGGACGAGAUGCUGCAGUCGAUGAUUGCUGAGCAUGGCAGUAUCUGCAGCGCUGAUCUGACCUAUCAGAAGAACAGACCCGCCUCCACACCGAAGAAGGAGGAUUUGCUUCCAGAUGAACCCGCAGAUGAGGCCCAGCAGCUAAACGCCGCGGCAGGGAGCAGCUUCGAGAGGACCAUCACUGUGGUCAAGGGCAACUCCAGUCUAGGCAUGACGGUGUGUGCGCUGAAGGACGGGCCCGGGAUGCUGAUCCGCAGCAUCAUUCACGGCGGCUCCAUCAGCAGAGACGGCCGGCUCGGGGUCGGGGACCUGAUUCUGGCCAUCAACGGAGAACCGACGGGAAACCUGACCAACGCUCAGGCGCGAGCCAUGCUGCGCAGACACUCUCUGAUCGGACCAGACCUGGGAUCCACAGGUGCUGCGGGGGAAGAGCUGAGCCCCGUCUCUGUAAUCACGUAUGUUCCUGCAGAAUAUUUAGAGGAAUACAGGGCGAGCCAGCAGCUCCAGAGUGAUAAUAUCUCUCAUAUAAAAAAAAAAACUCAAAACAACACACACCACACACACACUUCGUCCUGUCAGCUUCAGAUGGUCUCAGAUCUUCCAGAGAGAGAAGAUGGAGAAGGACAGGAGAGUGAACGACAGACAGCAGCUUCCAACAGCUGGAAUCUACCACGGAGAGUGGAGUUGCACAGGGAAGCUGGGAAAUCACUGGGCAUCAGCAUUGUUGGGGGGCGGGGCAUGGGCAGUCGCCUUAGCAAUGGAGAAGUGAUGCGGGGCAUCUUUAUUAAACACAUCCUGGAGGACAGUCCAGCGGGACGCAACGGCACACUGAAGACAGGAGACAGGAUUUUAGAGGUGGGUGGAGUGGAUCUGCGUGAUGCCAGUCAUGAGCAGGCGGUGGAGGCCAUCCGUAACGCGGGAAACCCCGUGGUGUUCCUGGUGCAGAGCAUCAUUCACAGAGACAGACCUGACUCUCUGUAUAGUUUUGAUUCACCUCCUGUCAUAGAGAAAUACGGGACGGUUUUAAAAUGUGUCCCUGUGCCAAAGUGUCAGACAUCUGCGCUGGAUGCAGUGGAAGACAUUUCAGCCUUGGAUCUGAAGAGCAGCAGUGAGAAGCUGAAUCGAGAGGAGGGAAAAAGCUUCCUGUCGACACCUGUCCUGUCCCUGCCUGUCGUUCCACAUGUCGGGGAAACCGAUUCGGACACGCUGACUGAGAUUCCCGACAGACUCGUUCUUCAUAACGACGGUCCUGAUGAGGAAGAGGAGGAUGAGUACGGAUACAGCUGGAAGAAGGUAACAGAGCGGUACGGGCGUUUACCGGGUCAGCUGCACAUGAUCGAGCUGGAGAAAGGUUGCACGGGUCUGGGUUUGAGUCUGGCAGGGAACCGGGAUCGUUCACGCAUGAGUGUGUUUGUGGUGGGCAUCGAUCCCAACGGCGCCGCCGGCCGAGACGGACACAUCGUGGUGGGAGAUGAACUGUUAGAGAUAAACGGUCAGGUUCUGUACGGCCGCAGUCAUCAGAACGCCUCUGCCAUCAUUAAAAGCGCACCUUCAAAGGUCAAGAUCAUCUUCAUCCGGAACAGAGAUGCUUUGAGUCAGAUGGCUGUCGGGCCGAUGAAGGAGACGGACUCACCGGACGCACACACAGAGACAGAGACGCCCAGCUCAACACUAGACGUGAUCCAGCACGUAUCUCUUCCUGUGGGCUGGGUUCGGUCCUGGGAGGAUGACAGCAGGAGCGGAUGCAUCUUUCAGAGUCUGGAUGAGAACGGAGCGGCUGGAACGGACGGUGGGAUUGCAGCGGGACACCAGCUGCUCGCAGUGGAUGACGAGAUGGUGCUGGGACUCUCUGUGGAAAAGGUGAUGUCUCUGCUGCAGAAAGACCAGCAAUCAGUGAAACGCACCAUCUGCACUGACUCCGCCUCCCAACCCUCCUCAUCCAAUCAGAUUUGCUCGGGAUCAGACCCGCUGGUUGCUCUGACAUCAUCAGAGACAGAGCCAAUCAGGAAUUCCAGCAGAUGCUCCACACCGGCGACACUGGUGUCUGAUCCGGCGACGUGUCCCAUCAUCCCCGGCUGUGAGACCACUAUAGAGAUCUGCAAGGGCAGAACAGGACUGGGGCUGAGCAUCGUGGGCGGCUGCGACACGCUUCUGGGCACUAUAAUAAUCCACGAGGUGUACGAGGAGGGAGCCGCGUCUAAAGACGGCCGUCUGUGGGCAGGAGACCAGAUUCUGGAGGUGAACGGUGUAGAUCUGCGCGUGGCGACGCACGACGAGGCCAUCAAUGUCCUGCGGCAGACUCCGCAGUGUGUUCGUCUGACGGUCUUCAGAGACGAGGGUCAGUAUAAAGAGGAGGAGCUGUGGGACUCCCUGAGCGUCGAGCUUGAGAAGAAACCAGGCCACGGCCUCGGACUCAGCAUCAUCGGGAGAAGGAGCGACACAGGGGUGUUCGUGUCGGACAUUGUGAAGGGUGGAGCGGUGGAGACGGAUGGACGGCUGAUGCAGGGAGAUCAGAUCCUCUCGGUUAACGGCGAGGACGUUCGUUCAGCCACACAAGAGUACGUGGCCGCGCUGCUCAAGAGUUGUGCUGGACCAAUCAGGUUGGAGGUGGGCCGUUUUAAGGCGGGGCCGUUCCACUCGGAGCGCCGUCUGUCUCAGAGCAGUCAGAUGAGCGAGACGAGCAGCGGGAAACUCACUCCUGUCUCCAGCUCUGCAGCGUUACACGGAGACACUGAGAAAACACACGGAUUGCUGGACAGAGACGUCAGGACGGUUGAAUUCACAAAGGGCCCGUCAGACUCUCUGGGCAUCAGUAUAGCUGGAGGGGUCGGCAGUCCUCUGGGUGACGUGCCCAUAUUCAUCGCCAUGAUGAACCCCAGCGGCCUGGCAGCUCAGACGCAGAAACUCUGGAUUGGAGACAGGAUUGUAUCUAUCUGUGGAGACUCGACGGAGGGAAUGUCUCACAAUAAAGCUGUGUCACUGCUGAAGAACACGACAGGAAUCAUUCAGCUACAGGUUGUUGCUGGAGAUACAACAGUGACAGGACCGUCAGCAGAGCAGACAGCAGGACUCACAGCCAGCAGCAUUUUCCACGAUGACCUGGGUCCUCCGCAGUGUAAGAGCAUCAGUUUGGAGCGAGGGCCGGAUGGUCUGGGCUUCAGUAUUGUGGGUGGAUUCGGCAGUCCUCACGGUGACCUUCCCAUCUACGUCAAAACCGUCUUCAGCAAGGGGGCCGCGGCAGAGGACGGUCGUCUGAAGCGCGGAGAUCAAAUCAUCGCCGUUAACGGCCAGAGCCUGGAGGGAGUCACUCAUGAGGAGGCCGUCUGUAUUCUGAAGAAAACCAAAGGAGCCGUCACACUCACUGUGCUGUCAUGAACACACACACACACACACACACAGGUCCUGUAGUUGUUUCAAACACUACGAGUGAGAGAGUAUUGUUUACUGCUAGUUUGUGGAGGAACCAGCAGACUACUACAAUCUGCCGCACUAUGCUGAGAGUGUAGAAACGAUCCACACACACACACACACACACACACGCAUUUGUGCUUUAAAAUACUGAAAGUGCUCACAGCUGCGUGACACAACCCAUUAUAAUGUACUUUCCCAUCAUAAUUUCAUAAUUAGAAAAUCCACAAAUAUCUCUGUUAUGUUCAAAAACUGGGUGAGCUCCAUUGGUUUCCAUGCAGUUUGCCAAAAAAAAAAAAUGGUGUAAACCACUAAAAAUAAAUGUAAUAACAGAGAACUUUUAUUUUAGCUGGUCAGAAACUAAGAGUUUUUAGAAAUGUAAUCAUUGGCAUCUAUUUCAAUUGUGUUAGGGGUCAGUUUGCCCAAAAUAUAUACUUUUUUUUUGUCAUGUCUGCGUGCAGUUGAACACUUAAGGUGCAAACAAUUCCAAGUAUAAAUAGUAAAAUUGAUUUGUAUUUAGUGCACUAAUUAUUGCUGUUUGUACUUUGCAUUUUUGUUUUUGUAAUUUGGGUAAGGUUCCAUUAGUUAAUGUAUUAGCUAACAUGAACAAACGAUGGACAAUCCAUUUAUUACAGUAUUUAUUCAUCUUUGUUAAUGUUAAUGAAAAUACAUUCGUCUGUUGUUAGUUCACAGUGCAUUAACUAAUGUUAACAACUUUUAAUUUUAAUAAUGCAUUAGUAAAUGUUGAUUUUAACAUUAUCUAAGAUUAAUGCUGUUGAAGUAUUGUUCAUGUUUAGUUCAUGUUAACUAGAGUAGUGUUGCCAUAAUUUGUUGUAAUUUUGUUGACAACUCAACUAGAUAAGAAAAAAGUGAAUUUUCCUUGGACAGUUCAGAAGACAAAUCUUCAAUUUCGACUAAACUAUGGAUUUGAAAAUUUCAUCUGUUUUCAUGUAUUUAAUAUUUAAGUGUUUAAAACGCUUUAACAAAGAUUUUCUGGUUUUUAACCGACUCUUGGUGGAUUUUUGGCAAACUGCAUGAAAACCAAUGAGGCUCAGCGGGAGGUUCAUAUUGACCUCAAUGCAUUUCUACAGCCUUUCCAAAACACAGCUGUGUCAAACCUUUGCGUGCACAUCCAUGACCCUAAAUGAGAAAAAUUUACAACAUUUCAACAAGAAAUAAACAGUUUAACCAAAUGAAAAUCGAAUUGUCAAAUUGACCCACAACACAACGGGAGGGUUAAAAACUCAACAUCAGUGGUGUUGGGGGGAUAAAUCAAUGAUAUUUUGUGCAGUUAGUCAUGGGAAAUAAAAAUGUACUGAAUAGAAUAUCAUCUAUAGCAGCAGCGGCCAACUGUGUAGUAUCUGAAAACGUCUUUCAGCAUUAAUUAAA